AUGGCGCCGGUGCCUCCCCGGGGCCUGCUCGGCCAGCGCCACCGGGCCACACAAACCGGCAGCCGGCUGCGCUCCCGCUUUGUGCCGGGGCGGGUUUGGACGAGGUCCCCCGGGAAGGAGGGGCACCGGGGAUCAAAGCCCCUUCCUCGCUACGGAUAUAAACCUUCACCACCAAAUGGUUGUGGAUCACCUUUAUUUGGAGUUCAGUUUGACAUCGGUAUCCCUUCGAUGACAAAGUGCUGCAAUCACCACGACAGAUGCUACGAUACUUGUGGCAAUAAAAAAAAUGAUUGUGAUGAGCAGUUUCAGUCCUGCCUCUCCAAAAUUUGCAGAGAUGUGCAGAAAACACUUGGAAUCUCAGAGAGUGUCCAGGCUUGUGAAUCAACUGUUCAGCUGUUGUUUGAUGCGGUUAUACAUUUAGGAUGUAAACCAUACCUGGAUAGCCAGCGAGCUGCAUGUAUGUGUCGUUAUGAGGAUAAGACAGAUCUCUGA